AUGCCACGCGUUUUAGCUACUCAAUCUCACGUAGUACAUGGCUAUGUGGGCAAUAAGGCUGCAACUUUUCCCUUGCAGUGCAAAGGCUGGGAUGUCGACUGCCUGAAUAGCGUACAGUUUUCCAACCAUACUGGUUAUGGGAUGGACAAGGUGUUUGGAACCUGCACUUCAGCAAAUGAACUCGAUCUAGUUUUUAAAGGUUUGCAAGACUUGAACGACUACGACGCUUUGUUGUCCGGAUACCUGCCAAAUCGAGAGGCAGUUGCAUGCAUGGCUAAGAAUUAUCAAGAGCUCAAAAAAAAACGGCCACAAUCGGUUUGGCUCUUGGAUCCGGUCAUGGGUGAUGAUGGCAAACUAUACGUGAACGAAGAUGUUAUACCAGAGUACGUGUCUCUGCUAGAAUCGUCGCUCAUAGAUGUCAUCACUCCGAAUCAAUUCGAAUUGGAGAUCCUGUAUGGCAACAAGGUCCGCACUGUGCAGGAGCUCAAAAAAGCACUUCAGAAACUUCACGAAGCAGUUCCAAUUAUCGUGGUCACCUCCUGUUCGUUCGAACUUUUCAAAGACCCCAAGCAUCUUUAUUGUGUUUCGUCCGUGCGCGGACAGCCGGCCACCUUCUAUCGGGUUCCUGUCAUUGACUCAUAUUUCACCGGAGUAGGCGAUCUAUUCUCUGCUCUACUACUUGAUAGCACUUACAUUUCCCAUGCCGCCGAAAAGACACCUGGCGCUUUGGAUAUCAACCAAGUCUUGAGUAUUGUUCAAAAAGUUCUUGCAAUUACACUGGAACACUCACCAAAUGAUGUCAAAGCAGCCAUGGGGUCCCCAUUGACCAUGAAGGAGAUGGAACUGAGAAUCAUAGAAAGUCGAGACUGCUAUACGUCCCCGUGCUCUACCAACGAUUUUAUCUAUACUAAACUUUGA